UUUCGGUCGAGAUAAUUCCUCCUAUGGAAAGUAGAGAAUACGAUGAGAUUAAAGAACUACAGAUGAGUGAAAAACUACAAUUAAAUGAUCUCGGGUUUGUUUGGAAUAGUGGAAAUGAAGAAGUUCAGAUAAAUACCAUCCGAUCGAUGUUAAAAGGAUUUAUAGUUUGCGAAGGAUGCAUAAUUCAUGAUGAAAGACGUUGCUUAAAACUUAAAAUUCAUAAGAUCGUUUCUCAAAAGAAUAGCGAAGCUUCAGUUGAAGCUGACACAAAAAUAGCAAUUUCCAAUGAAUAUAAAUUAUCCAAUAUGUCUAGUAAAAAUGAUGAAAAUUCAAUCCAACAAAUAAUUUCUUCGGUAGCAUCAUUAUCAUUACAAGAUACUUUAAUAAAAUCAACAGAUACAUCAAUAGCCACUUUAAAAGCCUCAGUCAUUCCACAAAAGACAUUAAUAACUCCAUCAAGCAUACCAGGCCUCGAGAAAGCAUAUGAAUCACUUUUGGAGAUGAUAAGUUACCCUUUACUUUAUCCGGAUUUAUUAAGUCAACUUAAUAUCGAGUGUCCUAAAGGUGUAUUGAUAUACGGUCCUCCUGGAGUCGGAAAAACUUAUCUCGUGUCUACAAUUUCAAAGAUCUGUGACGCAAAAAUGAUUACAAUUCAUGGUCCCGAAAUUUAUGGCUCAUACGUCGGGGAAAGUGAGACAAAACUUCGAGAAAAAUUUACGUUUGCUCAACGUUUAACAUUAGAAGAAAAUUGUGCAGUUAUUUUAUUUAUUGAUGAAGUGGAUGCGUUGACUCCACAUCGAACAGAAUCACAAUCUCAUGAAUCACGCGUUGUUGCACAACUUUUAACGCUGAUGGAUGGCAUGGAAUCGCGUGGAAGAUUAGUCAUUAUUGCCGCAACGAAUCGUCCUAAUGCAAUUGAUCCCGCAUUACGAAGACCCGGAAGAUUUGAUCGAGAAGUUGCAAUUGACGUGCCAACCGAAGAAACGCGAUUAAAGAUUCUAAGGGUACAAACUCAAAACAUGAAAUUGGCCAAUGACGUUGAUCUUUUGAAGUUGGCAUCUUUGACUAAUGGAUAUGUCGGUGCUGAUUUAGCAGCAUUAUGCAGAGAAGCUGCCAUGAGUGCAAUACAUCGACACAAUAUUGCAAGAAAUACUCUCGUCAAUCUCACCCCAAUAACAAUGCUUGAUUUUAAGACGGCAUUAUCUUGUGUUGGGCCAUCCAUGCAACGUGGAUUCCAUGUUGAUGUCGAAAAAACUAACUGGGAAAAUGUCGGAGGUCUUGAAGAUGUAAAAAAGAAAUUACAACAGGCUAUCGAAUGGCCAAUUAAACAUCGUAAAACUUUCGAACGGUUGGGCUUGAAACCUCCCCGUGGAAUUCUACUUUACGGUCCGCCGGGAUGUAGUAAAACAACCCUGGUAAAAGUGAUGGCUUCAACUUCUGGUGCAACUUUUUUUUCAAUCAAUGGUGCACAACUUUAUUCCUCAUAUCUCGGCGAUUCUGAGAAGAAUAUCCGAAUUAUUUUUCAACGUGCUCGUUCGACUGCUCCAUCAAUAAUUUUCUUUGAUGAGAUUGACGCGAUAGUUGGAAAACGGUCAAUGGGAGAAAGUCAUGAAGGUGCUGAUGGCAAUGGAGAUAGUGUGCAAGAAAGAGUUUUAUCAAUGCUUUUGAAUGAAAUGGAUGGUAUUGAAUUAGCAACUUCUGUACUUGUGGUGGGGGCAACAAAUCGACCAGAUUUAUUGGACGUUGCGUUAUUAAGACCGGGCAGAUUUGAUAAAUUAUUAUAUGUUCCACCUCCAGAUUUACAAGCACGCCGUGAAAUACUGAAAAUUCACACCAUUAAUAUGCCAAUAAGCGAAGACUUUGAUCUUGAUUCCAUAGCUAAAAGAACUGAAAUGUAUACGGGUGCUGAUUUGAAGAAUGUGUGCCGUGAAGCAGCAAUUAUUGCGUUAAGACAACGUCAUGCAGCGAAUAAAGUGAACAUGAAUCAUUUUCUCAUUGCAUUGAUGACAGUUCGACCACGAUUAACCAAGGAAAUGUUAUUACAUUAUUCAGAUAUUACUCAAAAAUAUUGUUUAUAA